CAGACAAGCGCAACAAAAUUCCAGAAGCCGCACAUUCCUUUUCGAAAUUGUUCUAAUAAUGAUAGGAUGCGCUUACGGCAUGAAUCUUGGAUAUCCUAUUGAUCCAGCGAGAGAUUUUGGACCAAGAAUCUUUGCUUACUUCCUUUAUGGCAGCGAAGUUUUCAGUUACCAUAAUUACUACUUUUGGAUCCCAUUACUGGCCCCCUUCUUUGGUGGAUUGCUGGGAGCAUGGUCCUAUCAAAUCUUCAUUGGGGCUCACCUUCCAGAUAUUGAAGAGCAGCCGGUCAGUUCAUGA